AUGAGCUACUACAGCGGCUACUUUGGAGGCCUGGGCUAUGGCUACGGAGGAUUCAGAGGCCUGGGCUACGGCUAUGGAGGGUAUGGCUGUGGAUGUAAUAGCAUCCGCAGACUGGGCUGUGGCUGUGGCUUUGGAGGCUAUGGGUAUGGCUCUGGCUACGGUGGCUACGGGUAUGGCUCUGGCUACGGAGGUUAUGGAUUUGGCUCUGGCUACGGAGGCUACGGAUAUGGAUGCUACCGCCCUUCAUGCUGUGGAAGAUAUGGGUUCUCCAGAUUCUACUGA